CCCCGGCUCCUGGGGGGGGCGGGGGAGUCGUGUGGGUCGCACCGCCCUGGUGGCGCUCUCCCGAAGUGACUCUAGGGGGCGGAUUUACUCUACCUGGCGGGGGGGUUAAAACGCAGAGGGCUUUUCCCACCCGCCCUGGUAAAGCGAGCUCGGGUUCCCCAGCGAGCCCAGUUAGCCACAAUCACCAUCUGGGGCACUUCCUUCAGGUUUUCAUGAAGUAACUUUAUGAAUGGGCUCGGAUGAUACCAUAGCGGGGGGCUGGGCUCUGACCCAGGAGGUCCCUUCCAGUCCUAGUCAAAAAGGCUGAGGGUUUAUUAGCUUUCCCUCGCAUGCCUUUGGAUGGCCGCAUAAGCAGCUUUUGCUCUCCUGCCUUGAUUUACACGGACUUGGAUUUCAAAUCAAGUCAGCUCCUCUAGCUGUGAUCCGGCCUGGGGUGACGUUGAAGAUUUUGGAUCUUACAGUUGCUCGAGCUCCCUCCACCAGGAGGGGAGGGCGUGGGUGGAAAAAUGCCCGACCGCGACAACUACAACAAUGGCAGUAGCAGCGACGAGGCGGGCGCCAACUCCGACGACAUCUGCCGCGACUUCCUGCGCAACGUCUGCAAGCGCGGCAAGCGCUGCCGCUUCCGGCACCCCGACAUCAGCGAGGUCACCAACCUGGGCGUGCGCAAGAACGAAUUCAUCUUCUGCCACGACUUCCAGAACAAGGAGUGCGUGCGCCUCAACUGCCGCUUCAUCCACGGCACCAAGGAGGACGAGGACUAUUACAAGAAGACGGGGGAGCUGCCCCUGCGCCUGCGCCAGAAGGUGGCGGCUGGGCUGGGCCUGUCCCCGGCGGACCUGCCGAACAGCAAGGAGGAGGUGCCGAUAUGCAGGGACUUCCUGAAGGGCGACUGCCAGCGGGGAGCCAAGUGCAAGUUCCAGCACUUGCAGCGGGAGUACGAGUACGACGCCCGGGUCAUCGCAGCCCGGGACCCCGGCAUCGCCACCACCGUGCGCCGCUACGACCCCUACGACGUCAUGUACGACCCCGACCGCUACGACGACCACGACCCGGUGCUGAAGCGCAGGCGGGUGGACGGGCUGCACUUCGAAACCUACGAGUACAGCUUCACCAGCCCGCGCACGGUGGAGUACCGGCUCCUGGAGGAGGAGAACAUCAUGCUGCGCAAGCGUGUGGAGGACCUCAAGAAGCAGGUCAACAACCUGCUGGCGACCAACGAGGUGCUGCUGGAGCAGAAUGCCCAGUUCCGGAACCAGGCCAAAGUCAUGACUCUCAGCUCCACCGCCACGGCCACUGAGCAGACCCUGGCCCCGACAGUGGGCACUGUCACCAAUUAUAACCACAGCAUCGCCCAGACCCACACCACGCUCAGCAGCCAGGCCCUUCAGCCACGGCCCGUCACCCAACAGGAUUUGGUGGCUCCGGCCGGAGCGCAGGCAGCGCCCCCCACCAACGCAGCGCCCCCCAUGAACCCCGAAAUCACCCCGCUCUCGGCUGCUCUGGCUCAGACCAUCGCCCAGGGCAUGGCUCCUCCGGUCUCCAUGGCGCCCGUGGCGGUGUCGGUGGCGCCUGUGGCAGUUUCAAUGGCACAGCCGCUGGGAGGUAUCACCAUGAGCCACGCCACCACGCCCAUGGUGACGUACCCCAUCGCGUCGCAGAGCAUGAGGAUAACAGCCAUGCCACACUAACCGCCCACAAAGGGCCCCACGUACCGCCAUGGGUCCGGGCUGUUCGGAGCUGCCCCCGGCAGGCGGAAGGGCUCCAUUCUUUGGGGAGACUGGAACCGAGAAGGGAGAGAAUUGAACGGAAACCCUUGGAAACCUCUCUCCCUUGCGGGAGAGGCCUUUUAGGGGAUGGGCUUUCCACCCUGCAGGCAAGUGACCUGGAUUUCCCUUAACCCCUAGCAACACACGUGGUCUUCCACAAGGCAGCAGAAUUCAGGGAUGAAGGGCUUUAAUGCCACAUGAUUCGAAGGGUACAGUAACCUCCGAGCCUUUGCCCGUCACUUGUAUCUUUGCCCAAAUACCUGCCCCUCCAUAGCCCUGCGAGUUCAGGAACUCAGUCUAUCGCCCGGCUAUGGCAGUAUCAUUUCACUGACAGGACACACCUGACUGGAGGCUGUAGGGUGGGAGCUUGGGUCCCCUGACUUGCUGCUCUCUAGUAGGGAUUCUGCCUGAGCCCAGGGAAGCCCGGGAGUAUCAGGGAAGCGAGAUCCUGGGGACAGCGCCUCCCCCAGAGCUGGCAGAAAGGCUGGGUCUGUCUGGCAGCCUCUCCUAGGGGGAAUGGCCCUGGGGCAGCUUUGCCUGGUGAUGAAAUGGUUAAAUCCCAAAUAGGAUUUGGGCUUGUGUGUAAACUCAGCCCUGUUGCUUUAAAAGGGGGCAACACAAUCUAGACUCUAGGAAACCGUCUUUACGGUGGCCUUGAGAGCAUCCCUGUUCCAGUCACCCCCCAGGGAGAGGGUGGCACAUUCCUAGGACCAUCUGAAUCCCGGAGGGGGGUGUUCACCAAUUCCAGCAGACGUUGUUGCUGAAUUGCUCAUAAACCCCAGGGUUGGAAAUAAACCCAGCCGCAGGCGUGGGGCGCUAGUUAAAACGUGAUAGCGUCUGACCCCGCUUCGCCUCGCAGCUCAUGGGGUGGGGAUUGCCUUCUGCUGGAGGUCGUGGGUUGAAAUAAACUCCUCUCUGUUGCUUUAUGAAUUGGCAGGGCUCCUCCGGUCACCUCCCGCGGCAGAGCAGCUCGCUGAAAGGAGACCAGAGUUGGGCAGCGAUCCUGCCAGGUCCCUGAGCACCCUCCAGAGUGCUCAGACCCGCUCAUCAGUUCCCUCUGGAGCUGUUGGCACUUGCAAAUGUGAGCAAAUCCACCCGUGCCCUGAGCACCCCUCACGCCCUUCGCCAGCCACUUCCGUGCCUGAGCCUCCCCACCCCUAGACUUCCAUCUGCCUCUUACGGCCACUUUCUCUGUUCCCCCAUUCACACGUCCUCAAAGCAACCUGGUUCAAAGAGACCCCUCCCUCCUAUGCUGUGUUUUUGUUUCUAAAACCGAAGCUCACCAGGGGUCUAGAGUAGGUUUUGCGUAGUUCUGUCUGGGUUUGAGAACUUAAAGAGGAGGAGAAUGCUUUACAGCCGGAGCUCUUUCUACGAGCGCUGAACUUUGUAAGUCUAGCGGUUUAGUUCUGUGACUGCAGUGUAAAGUUUUCAGCUAUUAAAGGAGAACGUACAGCCCCCGACGGAUAUAUUCUGGUGUUGACACUCGCUCUUUAAAGCGCUGGUUAGCCCCCUGAUGGAACGUUUGCCUUUCAUCUGAGCAUAUCCAAGCACUUUACGGCGGGCUGGGAUGUCUGUAAACCCCACUGAGAUGUCGGUAAGGGCUACGUGGGCACCACUGAAAUGCAGCCACCUCUGGGGUGAAAUGUAUCAGUGCUCCACUGGGGAUGUGCUGGGGCAUCUUUAGUAGCUGAACGAAAGCAGGAGCUCUGCUUUACGUGGUAGCACCAUGUUGGUGCAUCGGUUCCUUGCGGAGUCAGGAGCGCGCCCCCUACUGGAUUGCUCCAGUCCCUUUUCGCAGCUUGCGUGGAGUCUCCCAUCCCAGGGCUGAGUCUCCCAUGACCACGGCUCCUCUUAGCCUGCGAUGGGCGCUGACCGGUCGCAGUGUGGAACGGUAUCCUGGCUGGCCUGUCACCCCUGCACGUGGGAGAGCCUCUCUGAUCUAGGCGCCGAGAAACCAACAUUUUCCAAUUUUGUCUGUGCAGUGUGCUGCAUCUUCGCUAUUUGAAGACCCUUUCCCACGGGCUCUAGGAUUUGGUUUCAGCAAGCGGGGAAAGCUUGUAGGAAGAUUGGGUCAAGUGACUGAGCCGGCGGGGAACCCUGAUAGUUGUUCUACCAUGUGCGGGGCGCUGAGAUCGGCAUGUAGCAGCUGCCUCCCUGCCCAGGUAGGUAGAGCAGGGCCCGGGGAGUCAUGGCUACUGCUGUCCUCAACUUCGCUCCCCUUCAGGGCUGGCUGUUACCCCCCCAGUGACUUGGUGAAAGCUUCCCAGAGCGACUCCCGCUCUCCACAGGGACAGCCCUAGCACCCUCGGGGGCUCCUCCAGAGAGGUGCAGUGGGUAGAGUCGGUGCUUGGUUGGGGGGGAUUGUUUGUGCCUGGAAGUGAUGGCACUUCGC